UAUUAUUAAUUGCGUAGAUACUUAUUUGUGUGUGGACUCAAGAAAUUUGAACCAACAAACAAAGUUCAUUUCUACUUCUACAUAGAUUCUUUUUUUUUGAAAGGUACUUCUACAUAGAUUUUUUUUUUUUUUUAAAGAUACUUCUACAUAGAUUGUGUUCGCCUCAUAGACAUUUCAUUCAUCACCCUCCGGUUAUCUCCAUUUAUAGCCAUCCAACUUUUACAGUUUUUUUUAGUAAAAUAAUCUCCAUGAUUGCGCGACAAUAUAAUGGUAUAUCAUCAUAUUCAUAGUUAGAGAAAGAAAUUGUGUUCAAACAUAAACCAUAUGGGCCUUAAUUACCUCCCUCGUACGAUAUAUCAUUAUUGUACAAUGUCCACAUAAGUUGAGGCUGCAAUUCACGUUUAUAAACACAUUGAAAUACCAUUCCAAUUUCUAUUUUAUCAUGAUGUGUUCAAACUACUCGGUAUUGCUGACUGACCUCUGACAUAUAAUUGUCUAUAAAUAGAAAUUCAGAUUCUACUGCAUGCAGCAAGUAGCUAGCUUAUCUUGAACAACAUACAUAUCAUAAAACAAUAUUCUGUUACUUUCUUUUCUAGCUUCCCUUAUACUAUAUUCAAGCUUACAAAAAAUGGAAAUUUCCCUAGAAACAAUUCAAACUCAAGUUAAUAAGAUUAAGAACAACAUUCUUGUACAAGUUAUCGAAAAUCCGAGCUCCUUUAUAUCUGCUUCUGCUUAUGACACUGCAUGGUUAGCCAUGAUCAGUGAUCCUAAGGAAAAUAAUGAAAAACCUAUGUUUAAGAGUUGUUUGGAGUGGGUUUUAAGCAACCAAAGGCCAGAAGGCUUUUGGGGGGAGAGAGAUUGCAAUGGUAAUCCCACCAUUGAUUCUCUUCCUGCAACCUUGGCUUGUAUAGUUGCAUUAAAGAUGUGGGAUUAUGGUCAUGAACACAUUGAGAAAGGAUUGGCAUUUCUUAGGCAGAGUUUAACCGAAAUUAAGAUAGAAAACAUCAAUGGGGACUACCCUCGAUGGUUUGCUAUAGUUUUUCCAGGAAUGGUUGAACUUGCAAGUCGAGCAGGUUUACGGAUCAUGUUUGCGGACGACAUGAAAGGAAUUGUUGCACAUUCCUUUUCCGGAAAUCGAAAGAUACUCCAAACGUAA